AUGGCCACUGCGAUUGGACACGGCGACAAGGACGUUGAACUUGGCCCUGAGCGAGCAGACGGGCUGAAAAAAGUGCCCGAGGUGAUCCCCGAGGGAUCUCGAUGGCGACUGGUGGCACUAGGCAUGAGCCUUUGUCUCUUCCACCUCCUCGCAACGUACCCGCUUCCAGACGAGCUCGUGUUCACCGUCCCGGUGAAUCGACCGUAUCACCACAUGCGUCUCACGGUCUUCUUUGGCUUUGGCAUCCCCUUCCUCAUGCAAGGACAUGGGAAGACUCGCUUGCGACUGCAGCCCUUGCUUGCGAUGCUCAUCUUCUGGCUCACGCUUCAAAGUAUCCUUCUCGUCAUUAUCGGCAUGUGGCUGCAGCUGAGCCUGGCAAUUGCACUGCUUCUUGCCGUGAUAGUCCUGGCCUGGCCCGUUCUUCGUUCUACAGAGUGGAUUGGGGACUUCGGACGCGGAGCUUACCGACACCUCCGAGAUUCGAACACUGCGAUUCCUGUGAAGAUCUACACCCUGAUCUUCUCCCUCUUUCCCUUCGGCCUCAUCAUGCCCAUCUUCGGGCCCUGGGAGCGAGUGCAGCUCUGGGUGCGAUGGAGGCCAUAUAAUGUCGAAGCUGAGCUUCUUUGGCGUGGGACCUUCGCCACUUUCUUCCUGUCGUUCUUCUUCACGGCUGCAAACCCAAAGGUGAACAACGCGAUCGUGGCGUUUUUCGCUGCACAUGGCAUAUGUCACAGCAUCUCCAUGUUCUUUGAUAACCGAAUCACGCCGACCUACGGCAAUGAGAAUGUGGAGCAUCUGCUUGAGAUUUCACUUUUCAUGGUCCUUGGCUUGGGUCACUGCCUCGUGGGGAGGUAUGUUUGGUUCUGA